UCUGGGUCCGGCUCGGCUCUGGGCUUCUUUUUGCCACUUCGCGAUGGCCAGCCCGGGUGUGGCGCUGGAGUCUCCGCGGCAGCUGCUGGGCCGCGUGCGCUUCCUGGCGGAGGCGGCGCAAAGCCUCCGCGCCGGGCGGCCGCUGCCGGCGGCACUGGCUUUCGUGCCGCGCGAGGUGCUCUACAAGCUUUACAAGGACCCGGCGGGACCGUCGCGUGUGCUGCUGCCGGUGUGGGAGGUGGAGGGCCUGGGGCUGCGUGUGGGCGCCGCGGGCCCGGCCGCCGGUACCGGCUCCGGCCCGCUCCGCGCCGCCCGGGACAGCAUCGAGCUGCGGCGCGGCGCCUGCGUGCGCACCACGGGCGAGGAGCUGUGCAACGGCCACGGGCUCUGGGUGAAGCUGACCAAGGAGCAGCUGGCAGAACACUUGGGCGACUGCGGGCUGGACGAAGGCUGGCUGCUGGUGUGCCGCCCGGCAGAGGGCGGGGCCCGCCUCGUACCCAUCGACACUCCCGACCACCUCCAGCGGCAGCAGCAGCUCUUCGGCGUGGACUACCGCCCGGUGCUCAGAUGGGAACAGGUGGUGGACCUGACAUACUCGCAUCGCCUGGGAUCGAGGCCUCAGCCAGCCGAGGCAUAUACGGAAGCUGUACAAAGGCUACUCUACGUGCCCCCGACGUGGACCUACGAGUGCGACGAGGACCUGAUCCACUUCUUGUAUGACCACCUGGGCAAGGAGGAUGAGAACCUGGGUAGCGUGAAGCAGUAUGUGGAGAGCAUAGACGUUUCCUCCUACACGGAGGAGUUCAAUGUGUCCUGCCUGACAGACAGCAACGCAGACACCUACUGGGAGAGCGACGGGUCCCAGUGCCAGCACUGGGUACGGCUUACCAUGAAAAAGGGCACCAUUGUCAAGAAGCUGCUACUGACAGUGGAUACCACAGAUGACAACUUUAUGCCUAAGCGGGUGGUGGUCUAUGGGGGCGAAGGGGACAACCUGAAGAAACUGAGUGACGUGAGCAUUGACGAGAGCCUGAUCGGGGAUGUCUGUGUCCUGGAGGACAUGACCGUCCACCUCCCUAUCAUCGAGAUCCGCAUCGUCGAGUGCCGAGAUGACGGGAUUGAUGUGCGUCUUCGAGGGGUCAAGAUCAAGUCAUCUAGACAGCGUGAACUAGGGUUGAAUGCAGACCUGUUCCAGCCAACUAGUCUGGUGCGAUAUCCACGCCUGGAAGGCACUGACCCGGAAGUACUGUACCGCAGAGCUGUUCUCUUACAGAGAUUCAUAAAGAUCCUAGACAGCGUCUUGCACCGCCUGGUACCUGCCUGGGACCACACGCUGGGCACCUUCAGUGAGAUUAAGCAAGUGAAGCAGUUACUGCUGUUGUCACGCCAGAGGCCGGGCCUGGUGGCCCAGUGCCUACGAGAGUCAGAGAGCAGCAAGCCUAGCUUCAUGCCACGCCUGUACAUCAACCGGCGCCUUGCCAUGGAACACCGCGCCUGCCCCUUAAGGGACCCCGCCUGCAAGAACGCAGUCUUCACCCAGGUUUAUGAAGGCCUCAAGCCCUCUGACAAGUAUGAAAAGCCCCUGGACUACAGGUGGCCCAUGCGCUAUGACCAGUGGUGGGAGUGUAAAUUCAUUGCAGAAGGCAUCAUUGAUCAAGGGGGUGGUUUCCGGGAUAGCCUGGCAGACAUGUCAGAAGAGCUGUGCCCCAGCUCGGCGGACACCCCUCUGCCUCUGCCCUUCUUUGUGCGCACGGCCAACCAGGGCAAUGGCACUGGUGAGGCCCGGGACAUGUAUGUGCCCAACCCCUCCUGCCGAGACUUUGCCAAGUACGAGUGGAUCGGACAGCUCAUGGGGGCUGCCCUUCGGGGUAAGGAGUUCCUGGUCCUGGCUCUGCCUGGUUUUGUGUGGAAGCAGCUCUCUGGUGAGGAAGUGAGCUGGAGCAAGGACUUCCCAGCUGUGGACUCUGUGCUGGUGAAACUCCUGGAAGUGAUGGAAGGAAUGGACAAGGAGACAUUUGAGUUCAAAUUUGGGAAGGAGCUAACAUUCACCACUGUCCUGAGUGACCAGCAGGUGGUAGAGCUGAUCCCCGGGGGUGCAGGCAUCGUGGUGGGAUAUGAGGACCGUUCCCGUUUUAUCCAACUGGUGCAGAAAGCACGGCUAGAGGAGAGCAAGAAGCAGGUGGCAGCUAUGCAGGCAGGUCUGCUGAAGGUGGUGCCGCAGGCUGUGCUGGACUUGCUGACCUGGCAAGAGUUAGAGAAGAAGGUGUGCGGGGACCCAGAGGUCACCGUGGACGCUCUGCGCAAGCUCAAGGACCGGAGCCGCUUCCUGCGCUUUGUCACGGGCCGCAGCCGUCUGCCCGCACGGAUCUUCGUCUAUCCGGACAAGCUGGGCUACGAGACCACAGACGCGCUGCCUGAGUCUUCCACCUGCUCCAGCACCCUCUUCCUCCCGCACUAUGCCAGCGCCAAGGUGUGUGAGGAGAAGCUCCGCUACGCGGCGUACAACUGCGUGGCCAUCGACACCGACAUGAGCCCUUGGGAGGAGUGAGUUGGCACCAGGGGACAGCCGCGGGCCGGGCCGGCAGGACUGAGCCUACAUAGGUCCUACUCAGCCUCGCCCAGGGCAAAGACACCUUCCCUGGACCAGUUGGGUCUGCGCUCCACUCUCGAUGUGAGCUGACUGCACUCAGAAGCCAGCACGCACCACCCCUGUAUGCGGUUGGAGUAGGGGUGGUGGGUUGACGCUGGUGGCCCAGCCCCGCAAGCCGUUUGCGUGCUUGGGCUUGUUUCUCAAGUUGUUGAGAGGGAAUCUUCCACAAGCCCAGCACAAGCUGCCGGGCCGGAGCUACUUGAAGGGGAUCUUCUAGCUUCCCAUCCCAUGGACUUGGCUUCAGUUUUCAGCUCUUCCCUUUUUUCUUCUUGUUUCUCUCUGGCUUCUGCCUGGACUCAAAACUAAAAACUUUGGAGGGUGGUGGAGGUUCCUCCCCAAACAAGGCACCAGGGAUGGAUAAGAAGUUAUGGUCAUCCUCCUUGGUCAUCUGCCCCAAGAAUGAAGCAACAACUGAGUACCCCCUCCCUCACAUACGGGUCUUUUCCUCCUCUCCCUCCAUACCCAAGGUGUGAGCCCUGUCCUUCUUCGUCCAACCCAAUCUCAACUGACAAAGUGCCACCACUUUCCCUGGCUCAGAACCUACAUCUAUGUAACAUUGAAUCUUUACUGCCACUGCCACCACAGCAUAUUCAUCACUUCUGCAUCACCUCCAGCCUGAUUCCCCAUCUGCUAUCUCACCCCCAAGAUUGUGCACAGGUUAAGGCCAGUUAUGUCCUCUCUGAAAUCUUCAGUAGCUCCUCUUUACCCAAUUCUAAAAUAAAGCCUAGAUUUUAAAACUGCUUCUAGGCCUUAUGCAUGCCGCUGCCUCUGCCCCAGCCCUCCCUCCCUUAGGGACCUCCAUGACACUCCAUCAAAGAAGGUCUUGCGCAUGGGAAAGUUGAAUAAAUGGGUGAGUUCAUUCCUUCAGAAUGUGUUUACUGGGCUCCUGAGGGAUGUUAGAGCAGGCUCUUCCAGGACUUCAGGGCCCUGCUGGGAGCCAAAGAGAUGUGUGUCAAGUGGCAGUGGUGGGGCUUCUCAGUGGCAAACAUUACAUCUGGAGCUGAGGAGGG